AUGUUUGAACAAUCGGCGUGGAGCUUUAAAGGACGUGUGAUAUUAGAAAGUGACAGCAAGAUUUGUGCUGAUUGGAUUAAGAAUCCAGCUUCAUGUCCAGCUAUUUACGGCAGUAUGGUUAGGGAUAUUAUUGAUAGGGUUAUGGAGAGAGGAGUGAUUCUUCUUGUUAUCUGUAGGAGUGCUAAUGAAUAUGCUGCUAACGGUACGGUGAACCAAAAUUAUGCAAAUAUUCUUUUGAUGGUUUUGCGCCUUCGUCAAGCUUGUGACCAUCCUCUUCUUGUUAAAGGAUUUAACCUUGACUCCAUUCAGAACUCUGAUUCUGUGGGACAAGUUUCUGUAGAAAUGGCAAAGAGGCUUCCUAGAGAAAUGCUGAUUAAUCUAGCGAACUGCUUGGAAACUUCCGCUGCCAUCUGUCAUGUUUGCAAACCGUCUGAAAAGCUUUACUAUUUUGAAAACAUCUGUAUGGUUAUUUUAAUGCUUAAUCCUUUUUUGCAUGAUCCACCUGAUGACCCUGUUGUUACCAUGUGUGGUCAUGUUUUCUGCUACCAGUGUGUGUCAGAACAUUUGACGGCUUAUGAUAAUACGUGUCCCGAGUGUGGAUGUAAAGAACAACUGGAUGCUGAUAUAGUCUUCUCUAAAGAUACUCUUAGGAUCUGUCUUGCAGAUGGUCAUAAUGGUAGUCCUGUGCAUCCUCUGUUUGAAAAUUCAGUGAUGUUACAGGAUGAGUACAGUUCAUCAAAAAUCAAGGCUGCCAUCGAAAUUCUCAAGUCAAAAUGUCUACUAAAGAGUUCAAGUUCAGAAUCGCAGAAUGCCAUGGGAUGCAGUGAACCUCCAUUCUCCUCUGAGCAGACAUUUACAGAAACUGGCCAUUCAGGUGUUAGUGUCGCAAAGCACAGAACGGUUUAUUCAAACUUACCAGCUGACCAACCAUUAAAAGCAAUUGUGUUUUCACAGUGGACUAGAAUGUUAGACUUGGUUGAGCACUCACUUCGUAAUCAUAGUAUAAACUAUAGGAGGCUUGAUGGGACAAUGUCUUUAGCUGCACGAGACAGGAAUGUCAAAGAUUUCAAUAAUGAUCCCGAGGUUAGGGUGAUGCUCAUGGCGUUGAAAGCUGGAAACCUGAGUUUGAAUAUGGUUGCCGCAUGUCAUGUUAUCCUUCUGGACCUUUGGUGGAACCCAACUACUGAAGACCAGGCAAUUGAUCGAGCACAUAGAAUUGGACAGACUCGUCCUGUUACUGUGACUCGGAUCACCAUUAAAAACACAGUGGAAGAUAGAAUAUUAUCACUUCAGGUAAUUCUUAUCUAUAGAUUGUACAAUGACACGGAUUUUCUCCAAUUACAGAUGCCAAUGCCAUUUUGUAGCUGAUUUGACUUAAGUCUU